AUGCGUCCAACUACCCUUAUCACUAUCAUUUUCGCCAGCUUGGCCCCCGCGGCGCCUCAUGGGGAGGCUGCUGACUCUCACGAAGACAUGGCUCGGGCUACGAGGGAAGAAGCUACUCCGUGGAGUGUUCCUGCCGUCUCACCUCCUCCGUCGACUCCUGCUUCAAGUCCUCCCGCCGAAGCCCCUUCUCCGCCUGCUAAAUCUCCUCCCCCUGAGGCUUCACCUUCAGAAGACUCUCAGCAUUAUGAUCAUGUCAUGAUGUCUCGCAACAAUGGCCAUUCGGGUGAUUGGGGCCAUGAGAUGUCUAUGCAUGAUCAUGAUGAUUCGGACGAUGACAGAAAUAAGACUGCUUCACUCGUUGCUGUCCUUGGCCUUGAUCGAUAUCUCUGCAAGUUCCAACAAUAUGUGAAGAUUUUUGGUGAAUAA